ACCGGGUUCCAAACCAAGUCAAACGCCACCUUUCAUCUAUCUAUAAGUACACUCUUCUCUUGAUCACUCCAUUCUCAUCUGCAUCCUUCCCUUUCUUCAGAGCUAGCUCUCUCAUCAUUUCAUUCACAGUAGACUCUCUCUCUCUUUCGCUUUAGACACUCUCUCUGGACUGAAUCUCUGUUCCAAAUUCGAACUAUGGCGUCUUUGAGUUCCCCAUUUUGGGUCACAGAUUCAAAACAUGUAAACCCACUUUCAAUGGAGCGAAGACAACCUCCACAAAGGCUGAAAGAUUUCUUGACAGAAGACUCAAUUCCAAGCUCGACCUUUCGUCGAACACCUUGCGGAUCAACCAUAAAAACCCUCCUCAAUGUCGAUCUCAACACCAAUUAUGUUGAUGAAGCACCGUCCAAAUUACUGAGAAGCCGAUCAAAAGCAGCCGCGACGACAAUCUCUGCUAUCCACAAAGCUUCAGGAAUCGUCAUUAAAGCCGUUAAAUUUCUCCCUUUCACAUCUCCGUCAAUUUUACACACAAGCAUUUCACGCAGACUCACGAAACGGAACCCACAGGACAACAACAAUGUUCCCGAGAUCGGAGUCUCCGUUACGGUGAAGGACAUUCUACGGUGGAGAUCGUUCCGGGAUUUGGUCGAGGAGGGACCUCCACCGUUGGAUUUCUCAUCCUCACCACUUCACUGCACCACCGCCACCACAACGACGGGGUCAUCUUCUACUACUGCUACUACCAGUAAGAGCUCAAGCUGGUGCGAUAGUGAUUUUGCGGAAUAUUUACAGUCAUGGCAUGGUGUCUCCGAUGAGUUCUCCGGUGAAGACAAUGGUGAAGUGGGUAAGGAAUUUUUACCCGACGGUGGAGCCGGCGAUAGUUGUGGAGUGGCGACUAGAGGAACAGCCGUGGAUUACAAGAUAGACCAGCCAUUGGACAAGAAAGAACAACACAGCCCAGUCUCAGUCCUUGAUUCUCCAUUUCAAGAAGACGAAGAAUUGUGCUCAUCUUUCCAUCAAAGCCUUGCAAAUAUGGAGAGGAGAACAUGUAUGCUCAUGCAAAUGAUCGAAGACUUCGAAAGUGCUGCCAAACUAGAGCCAGUAGACAUAGAGAAACAGUUCUCCAACGAAGCAAACAGCGGAUUUGAAGACAACGAUGAAGAAGAAGAACAACAACAACAACGCAAUGACGUGGCCACUGUGAUGUGUGAGGAAUAUGAGGGAUAUUUUGAAUGGGAAGUGGAGAGCAAGAGAGAAGCAUAUAUCAAAGAUAUGGAGAGGGGAGUGAAGUGGAACAAGUUUGAAGAGGAGCAAGAAGAGUUGAUCUUAAAGAUGGAGAGUGAGGUGUUGAGUAAUUUGGUAGAUGACCUAUUGGUUGAUUUGUUCUAUGGUUGAUUACAGAACAGGGGUGAAGAUGAAAGGAUGUUCACCGGUUCAAAAUUAACAAGCUCUAGUUGGGAAAUUGAUGAUCAAAACCCCAAAAAUGUGACAAAUACAAAGGAUUAUUGGCAUCAAGCAUACAUCUAAAUGUGCCUCGACAAAGAGGUUUGAUUGCAUCUUGCAGUCAUGAACAGGGUGACAAAUUGGUCAUCCUUGUGUAAGAUAGGAAGUUAGGAACUAGCUUGAUCCAUAGGCCAAGGAGGCAACAUAUGACCUGCAUUGACAUGUAUUGAGUUUCAUUUCGGAAGUUUGUAUGAAAUUUUGGACAUGUAUAUAAAGAAUAACCUCAAAUUAAGUGUACUUGGC